AUGGCUUCGAUAUCCCCGAGCCAGUCUGAGGGCGAAAUCCUCAGCUCAGACUCGGAAACGAAGGCAAAGAACAUACCUUCUAUCCACAAUAACAGCAAGAUUGACCGUCAUACCAGACCCAACUCUUCAUCGCACAUCGCAUCUAGAUCGCACCGAUCGCGUUCGAGAUCCCCUUAUCGGGCUCAUAGAGCUGAGAACCGUCCACGAGAGAACAAUCCGUACAGAGGAAGGUCGAUCAAUGAUGCGCGCACGUUUAGUGUCAGAUACGAGUCUGACCGCUACGCGCAUCGCCGGAAUGCCUCUUACGAAGAGCGCGGUGCCAAACGAUCUCGAACAUACUCUCGGAGCCGCAGCAGAAGUCGAUCGCCGUAUAGGCAUUAUCGGCCUGGAGAUGAUGGGGGGGAGAGGGGAGACAAUGCAACUGACAGGACUGAGACCGGUGAGAAGCACUCGGGUCGACAACGAGGACUAGAUACGGUCGCAGAUACAGCACCGUCGCAGACUUUGAAAUCCGUUCGUUUCGACUCGAGCUCUAACAUGGCCAGCUCCAGCGAGUCGGCAUCUCGCCCACGGAAUGACCAGCGCAGGGAUCGAUCGUUGGGCGAUACACCGUCGGAGAACACGAUUGACGGUAUCGAGGAGCACAAACCAAUGGACGAAGAAGCCCUCAUUGAAGAACGUCGGAAGCGUCGUGAGGCGAUUAAAAACAAAUUCCGCGGCCAAGCUCCACCUCUGCUCGUUCAAGCACUUCAUCUAGGAGUGGAUUCAACUCACGCCAGCUCUACACCGGACACUGACAUGUCAACUCCCUACCGAUCUGAAUCGCCCACGAUCUCGUCGCCUCGGACUCCGAGAGAGGUCUCUGCCCUGCAGUCUCCCACCGAAGUCAACUUUGAAGCUGAUACGGAUCUGACUAACUCUGGAAGAGGUUCUCCCGCCGAGGAUGGCCCGUCAGCUGCGGACUAUGACCCCACUGUAGACAUGGAAGAUGAAAGAGCGCGCCAUGAUAAACGUUUAUUUAAGGAAGAUGAUCGAUCUCUGGAACAAUCCGAACAACAUGUGGUUGAACAAACCAGCGAGCCAUCGGCGCCUCUAAUGAAGCAGUCCACUGAUUUCGACAUGUUCGCCGAAGAAGAUGAUGAUGAUAUGUUCGCGGAAGCUCCAGCGAAGCCCAAAGAAGGGACAAAAGCCGCUCAAGCUCUGGACGUCAAUCUGAUGGACAAUUGGGAUGAUCAUGACGGGUAUUACAUUACAAUGCUCGGUGAGCUGAUUCAGGACCGGUAUCAUGUCACCCAAAAUCUUGGCAGGGGAAUGUUCUCGUCCGUUGUCCGAGCUACGGACAGGCGUACGGGUAAGCCAGUUGCGAUCAAGAUUGUUCGCAACAACGAGACCAUGCGCAAGGCAGGUAUCAGAGAAAUUGACAUCCUCAAGGACAUUGCUGCCAACGACCCCGAAGACAAGAAGCAUAUCAUUCGUCUGGAGGGCUCGUUCGAUCACAAAGGCCACUUAUGCAUGGUCUUCGAAAACCUUUCAAUGAAUCUUCGAGAAGUGCUCAAAAAAUUCGGCAGGGAUGUAGGAAUCAACCUCAAAGCCAUCCGAGCUUAUGCCCAACAGCUCUUCCUCGGACUCAGUCUAUUGAGAAAGUGUCAGUACAUUCAUGCUGACCUCAAGCCUGACAAUAUUCUCAUCAAUGAAUCAAGAAGUGCCGUCAAGAUCUGCGAUUUAGGGUCGGCAUCACCAAUCGCGGAGAAUGCCACAGCACCCUAUCUUGUGUCUCGAUUCUACAGAGCUCCCGAAGUCAUUCUCGGUGUCCCCUACGACUACGGAAUUGAUACGUGGUCGAUUGGAUGUACGCUUUUCGAACUUUAUACUGGCAAGAUCUUGUUCACAGGGCGCAACAAUAACGGCAUGCUUCGUGCAAUUAUGGAAUGUCGGGGGAAAUUUCCGCACAAACUCCUAAGACGGGGUGCCCUGGCAUACGAGUACUUUGACGACUUGCUCAACUUCCGUUCUGAAGAGACGGACAAAGUCACUGGUCGGACAUUGAUCAAGAUGAUUGAUAUCAAGGCCAAACCGGUCAGGGACCUGAGAUCUAGGUUACUUCCAAAGGAUAAGCGGAUGAACGAGCAAGAGCGGAAAGAGAUAGAGUCAUUUGUUGAUCUAUUGGACAAGUGCCUUGAUUUGCGGCCGGAGAAGAGGAUCACACCUAAUGACGCGUUGAAACAUCCUUUUAUCACAAGGACGAAGACAUAG